UGGGUGGGUGAUGCUUUUCCACUCCAUUCCCCCUCACUCCUUUCUCUCCCCUGCUUCGUGAAGGUUCAGCGAUGGCAACCAUGCUGUACCCGCGUGAGGAGAAGCUGGAGAAGAUGAGCCAGGACGAGAUCGUGCUCGGUACCAAGGCGGUGGUGCAAGGCUUGGAGACGCUGCGCAGCGAACACCAUUCCCUGUUGGCCACCCUGCUGGACACCGUCAGCCGCCUGGAGCAGCAACACGAAACCAGUGCUGCCCAGGAGAAGGCAGUUCUCCUGAGGAAAUCUCUGGAGGCCAUCGAGCUGGGCCUCGGGGAGGCCCAGGUGAUCAUCGCCCUCUCCAGCCACCUGAGCGCUGUGGAAUCGGAGAAGCAGAAGCUGCGGGCUCAGGUGCGCCGCCUGGUGCAAGAAAACCAGUGGCUGCGGGAUGAGCUGGCCGCAACCCAACAGAAGCUGCAGAGGAGCGAGCAGUCGGUGGCACAGCUGGAAGAGGAGAAGAAACACCUGGAGUUCAUGAAUCAGAUUAAAAAAUUUGACGAGGAUGUCUCCCCGUCAGAUGAGAAAAGCGGGGACGCAGCAAAAGAUACAUUGGAUGAUCUCUUCCCUAACGAUGACGACCAGGGUCAAGGACAGGCUCACCCCAGCGGGGAGUCAGCGGCCCAGCAGGGCGGCUACGAGAUCCCGGCCCGUCUGCGGACGUUGCACAAUCUGGUGAUCCAGUACGCUUCCCAGGGGCGCUACGAAGUGGCCGUCCCGCUCUGCAAGCAGGCUCUGGAGGAUCUUGAGAAAACUUCGGGCCAUGAUCACCCAGAUGUGGCAACAAUGCUGAAUAUUCUUGCGCUGGUGUACAGGGACCAAAAUAAAUAUAAGGAAGCCGCCCACCUUCUCAAUGACGCUUUAGCUAUCCGGGAGAAGACGCUGGGGAAAGACCAUCCGGCCGUGGCCGCUACGCUCAACAAUCUGGCUGUCCUGUAUGGGAAACGUGGAAAAUAUAAAGAGGCCGAACCUUUGUGCAAGAGAGCCCUGGAGAUUCGCGAGAAGGUUUUAGGAAAGUACCACCCAGAUGUAGCCAAGCAGCUGAACAAUUUGGCCCUCCUUUGCCAAAACCAGGGGAAGUACGAGGAAGUCCAGUACUACUACCAGCGGGCCCUAGAGAUCUACGAGUCUCGCCUGGGAUCUGACAGUCCAAAUGUAGCCAAGACGAAGAACAACCUGGCCUCCUGUUACAUCAAACAAGGUAAAUACAAGGAAGCAGAGGCUCUCUACAAGGAGAUCCUGACCCAGGCACAUGAGAGGGAAUUCGGAUCAGUCAAUGGUGACAAUAAGCCGAUAUGGAUGCACGCCGAAGAACGCGAAGAAUGUAAGGACAAAUACCGAGAAAACAGCGCACCCUACAGAGAAUAUGGAAGCUGGUAUAAAGCUUGUAAAGUUGAUAGCCUCACCGUCAACGCGACCCUAAAGAGCUUGGGGGCUCUGUACCGGCGCCAGGGCAAGGUGGAGGCAGCUGAAACGCUGGAAGAGUGCGCGCAGAAGUCCCGCAAACAGGGCAUGGAUGCCAUCAACCAGAGCAAAAUUGUGGAGCUCCUGAAGGACGGAAACCGCUCCGAACAGCGACCGAACCGCAACAGAACUCCCGGUGCCAAGAAGUGUGAAAAUGGGACUGAAUCAGAAGAGGGAGCAGCCGAGUGGUCUGGGGUGGGCUCCGGAGCUCUGCGGCGCAGUGGCUCUUUUGGCAAGCUGCGAGAUGCUCUGCGGUGGAGCAGUGAGAUGCUGGUCAAGAAGCUUCAAGGGGUCAGCCCGCAAGAACCCAGGAAUCCAGGGAUAAAACGGGCCAGUUCGCUCAACUUCCUGAAUAAAAGCGCAGAAGAGGAGCCCAGCCAGGUGUCCAGUAACCUCUCUGACAGCCGAGGGUUAAGUGCCAGCAAUGUUGAUCUCCCCCGACGAAGCUCCCUGAUGGCGUGACGUACAGCGUGGCUUGGUCUCGGCUGGGCGGUGAAGAUCUGGACCCCAUCAGGGCUUCUAGCUUCUGCCUGGACUCUCUGCCCAAGAGUUUCAAAUCCUCUCGCAAUGGGGGUUCUGCCAUGACAACUCGUGCAGAGCGGUGGAGCGGUAGGCCCCCUCUCACCUUCUCCCUCACGUGUGUGGCGUGCACCACGCGAGCACGCACGCAUGGGCUGAUGUCUUCCUCUCUCCCCCCCUCCAGCAUGUUGCCCUUCCUCUCAUUCUCGGCCUUUGCUACUGGAUGCCACCCUCCAAUCCCUCCCCCCCCCAAGUAAUACAGGGAUUGUUAAUUGCAACGAACACUUAAUCGCGCUCUUGUCUGUUGCGGAGGGACCCAAAGCUGCAUGAUUUUAAAAGCCGCUUCCCGGGAAUGUCGAGAAGGACAGGUCUUGGGUGGGGAAGGAGCGCUCGAGACCAAGAGGAUGAGGAAAGAGGACCAUCUCCUGUGUUUACAGUGUCAAGUUCUGCGCUCAAUUGGAGCAAAAACUUGCGGAAGGGGGGCGGUCUCAGCGUGGACGCCCAGGUCUUGCAAUCCACUUAAUUUGUUCUUCCACUAAGAAAGGAGGAACAGUCAUUCUUGGGGAUCCUUGUUGCUCUCUUCCCUCCCCCUGCAACUGUUCGAUCCUUUCUGCUUUAUUCUCAUUUGUGCCUGGCCUCAGGGAGUUCACAUCCAGCCCACCCUCUUCCUCUCCGUGCUCUUCUCUUCUCCACUCUCUGCACUUUUUUUUUUCUUUUAAAGCCUUGAUUAUGAUAUAGGUACCGUGGCCUCUUAACUCAGGGGCUUCCUUACAGGUCGAAUGCCACGUGUCCGUGGAAAUGUCCCUCUCUCACCCUGUCCCCUCCCUUCUUGCUCCUCCUCCUCCAUGUUUGGCAGGCAGGAUGUGUUUUCACCACUGCCUGAGCCUUGACGGGGCGAGUGCUAGUGAAAUUGCCGCUGGCGCUCGGUUGAUCCCCCUUGCCAUCCUCCUCCCGUGCCAGACAGAGCCACAGCGGUGCGUAAAGGGACAGAACCCCUUGGCACGAAGCACGAGACAUCAGAUGCCCCGCUAACUGUAAUCUCAGCCCCCGUUUUUCUGACGUUCUUCCCCGCAACGAUGCUCUCUGUCUCUGUUCACAACAUAAUCAGCCCUUUCCUCUGGGCCCCAGCGCUGCUUGGGCGCCCGUUCAGUAAUAACAAUAGUAAUAAUACAUAGCUCAACAUUCAGCAAAAGGGGCCAAAAUGUUGCUUGGCAGGUAACAGCUGAAAGCCGGGAUAACCGGACGCGGCGAUCCAGCUUCCUACAGGCUUCUAGACGUAUUCUUGCCUCUGCAAAUGCUGCGUCCCUUCCUUCUCAUUCUGCUGCUGUUUUAAAAAAGCUUCUAGAGAUGAGGGAACGCUUCCGAACGGGGAAUUUUAUCAGAUGCAAUUUCUCCAUUCGCUGUGUGUCCCUGGAGUGUGUGUGUGUGAAACUGUUUCUGACCAUUGAAAACCCAUCGGGCUCGGCUCCAGUUUCAAACGAGCCAUUUUCCUUUGCUUCUCGGUGGCUCGGUACGGAAUGAAAAUGCUAUUUCGUGAAACGAGAAGAGGGGGAAAAGCCACCCAACCUAAGCCUCUCGCUCUUUUGCAGCCCAUGGGGGACAGUUGAGUAAUUUCUUAAGUUUUUUUUUCCCCCUCCCCGUGAAAGGACUUCAAAGCGGGCAGGGCCCCGGUAACUUAUAUCACAUAACUCUGUGUGUGUGUUUGCGUGCACGUGUCUGUGUGUGGAGGAGAGAUUAAUGGCUGCGUUGGGGUGAAACGAGAGGAACAGAAUUGUGCUCUGUAUUUAAUUAUGUUGCUGUAGAAAUAAAACAAGAGGAAUAUU